UCCUAUGCCAGCUCAAUUCUCUGCGACAACUCAAUUGAAGUGCUGCUGCCGUGAGCAGUGUAGUUGAAGAUAAUUUGUACUUCAUUUGGUAAAUCAUGGUGUGCAGAACUAGCAAUUCUGAUGUGUAAGGUCCUUUGCAGAGUUUGAUCAUGUUUUAGAAUUUGCUUUUUCCCUCUUUUCCAGAGUUGUUUGUUGACAAUGUUCUGUCUGUGACUAGUCUUCCAAGUGCUAGCUAGAUAUGUAUCAUCCAUGCCCGGUUGGUGCAAGUGACUCCUUGGAAGUGACAGAUUUUUAGUUACAAAAUAGAUUAAUUAUAUGAUUUUGAAGAGCACCAAAGUUAAUUUUUCACAUUUCUACUAGACUGUAACUGUGUGAUCAUUUCUUGUGGUUGAUCUCUGCUUAUUAGUCUUGACAUGCAUGGCUUUUGAAGUUCCAGGUGAAGUCUUCUGUGGAGAUGGCAUUGGUGGCUUCUACAUGUUUCAUAUGAUGUUAUUCGUCGAUGGCUUCGAUCAACAUCAUGAUCCUUCAUGAUUUCACUCAGCACCUCAACUGCACAAGAAAGAUGAAACGACAGAAUCAUCAGCCACCAAAUUUCUCAGUGUGGGCAGUAGCCUGAAGACCAAGUCAGUGUACAGCAAAGGCAAGGAUCAUCUGUAGAUCGGCAUGGUGAGAGUGCCGCUACCCCUUGUGAUGGGCAGGCAGGCAGGCACAUGGAACCUUUUAACUCAGAGGCAAAAGGACAGCCCAGUGUGGGGUUCUGAUCAUCGACAGGCCAACAACAUCACAGUACAGUCCUCCUGUGGAGCUUCUUGGAAUGUUGAAUGGCCAGAAGACUGGGAAAUUUGCCAGGCUGAAAUUAGUGGACUGCUGUUCCAUCAAAUGCAGAAUCUGUUCACAAGCCAUGAAAGCUUUUCUUCCCAAGAAAACAAUUGCAUCUUGAGCCAUGGAGAAGAAGAACAGACUGUUGAACCACUACCACCUCCCCACAUGAAUAGCUAAUGACACAUGAAAGCCUUCUGCAACAUGGGAAUCAAGUGGGCUUCAGGUCCUGAAACAUGGAGUCCCACCUGAUCUCCUCAGCGCCCUCCUUGUACCUGUCGAUCAUCGGACUCGCGCUACGCGAUACCCUCACCGGAGAAGACACCUUUACGCCACCGUCAGUUAGCAGCAGUUCUCUUUGCUUGCUUUUUACCAGCUUCUUGUUCCUCUUCAACAUGUUCCCCCUGGGCGCCGCUCCGCCGUUGUACGAAGGCCUGGGGACGACGACGAUCGCGGAACUGUUCCGCCGAACGAGGGAGCGGACGUACUUGGCUAUGCAGCUCCUGGUCAUGCUGAUGGCAGCGAGGAGCCUCGCCACCGAGCGCGGCGACCUGUACAUGCCCUUCUUGGCUAGCUUGAGUAUCUCAAGCCGGUGCUUGCCGAUGGAGACGCCCAUGCUCAGCAAAAACUCGUGAUUGAAGUGGGCGAUGUCAUCCUCAACGAGCUCGUUGUUGGAGAAGAGAAGAGCGUACUCGGAGACGAGGCCCGGAUCGAGGCUAGAUUCGGACAGCCAGGAGUACCAGUCCAUGGCUUCAGCCUUGGAUGAGAUCUGUGAUGGUUGGUGUCGUAUAUGAACGAAGGCGAGAGGUGCUUGGAAGAGGAAAGGUGGUUCAUCGAAGUUGGUGGCUUCAAUAUUGCUUCUUUGGUUUGUGGUCUUUGCGGCAAUGAAGGACGCAGUUGUUGAGGGGAGGCAAGAUGAGGUGGGUGGUGCCCAUACGGAUUGCUGCACUCAACGCUCUCUCUGCUUCUUCUUCAUCACGAACUUUCGUAGAGAUGUUUGUGGUCAUAUAUGGGGUAGAUUUGGAUGCUCACUUGCAAAGCAAUCAUUGCCCUUUUGAUCUUU